AUGGAAGGCGGUGUCGGGCUUGAUGGACACUUGACUGAUUGGUUCAGGCUCAAUAAAUUCACUCAACAGCUCCGGGAUUUCCAGGCGCCCUCGGGUGGUCCGCCUCCGCAGCAGUAUCAGCAGACUGGUGCAGGCUACAACCCUGGGUACGAGCACCAACAAGGCCAGCAGCCGCCUUAUAGCGGUGGUGGGGGAAACCAAGACCAGGCGGCUGGCCAGAAUGGGCAGGGGUUCCAGUACUCCAAGUGUAAUGGCCGUCGUAAGGCUCUCUUGGUCGGGAUCAACUACUUUGGCCAGAAAGGCCAGCUUGGCGGCUGCAUCAACGACGUCCAGAACGUCCAUCGCUUCAUCUGCCAACGAUUCGGCUAUCAACCCGACGACAUUGUCGUGCUCACGGACGACAAGCAAGACCCGCGCACCCUGCCCACUCGGGACAAUAUCAUCCGGGGGAUGCAGUGGCUCGUCGAUGGGGCGCAAGCAGAUGAUGCGCUCUUCUUCCACUACUCUGGGCACGGUACUCAGCAGGACGACCGGGAUGGGGAUGAGGGAGAUGAUGGAGAUGAGGCAAUUUGUCCUCUAGACUAUGAGCGUGCGGGUUUGAUCAUCGACGAUGACAGUGACCACACCCUCCUCGUCAAACCCCUCCCGCCCGGAGCCCGCCUGACCGCCAUCUUCGACUCGUGCCACUCUGGCACGGUCAUGGACCUCCCCUACAUCUACUCCACCGAGGGCAAGAUCAAGGGCCCCGACUAUUUCGGUAAAGAGACGCAGCAGAACCUGAUGGGCGCGGCGAGACACCUCGCGAUGGGCAACACGGCCGGCGCGGCGAUGGGUCUGUUUGGAGCUGCCAAGGGCGCGUUUGGGACGAAUCGGGCGGAAGCCAAGACGAAGAAGAUGAAGGAGAGCGCGGCGGAUGUCGUCAUGUGGAGUGGGUGCAAGGAUAGCCAGACGAGUGCGGAUACUCAGGAAGCGGGCCAAGCGACCGGUGCCAUGUCUUAUGCAUUCAUCUCGGCGUUGACCAAGUAUCCGGAGCAGAGCUACCAGCAGCUCCUCAAUACCGUCCGGGACGAGAUGAAGGGCAGGUACAGCCAAAAGCCGCAGUUGAGCGCUUGUCACCCGAUCGACGUGAGCUUGCGCUUCGUUGCAUGA